CAAUGACAUAACCAAGGAUUUGCAGACUCUUCCUGGGGUCGAGUCGGCCAGCCCCAACGCUGCUGGAUUUUUGUGGUAACGUUGUGAAGUUGAAAGGAAGCAGAUUUGCCAGUCACCAUGCCGGCCCUCUCCACCAGAACCGGCAGUGAGAUAGGUCUGUAUGAGCUAUUGUCUGUACUGCCGUCUCAGCUGCAGCCUCAUGUUGAGAGUUCAGAUGACCGCUCUUUUCUACACGCUAUGUUUGGGGAGAGGAGUCUAUAUUCACUGGUCAAGAUCCAUGAGAAGUUACAGUGUUAUGAAGACUGUGCUCCGACUCCAGUACUGGACAGCGCCGGCUCACUGGCUCAAGACUUGACGGAGGAACUUCAAGGAAGAAGUGCAAGUAAUGAGAUCAGAGAGCUUGUCAAGCUACUGUCCAAACCACAUAUAAAGAGUUUGUUGUCUGUUCAUGAUACCGUGGCCAGGAAGAGUUACGAUCCAGAACUUCCUCCUCUGCCAGACGACAUUGAUGAUGAAGAAGAUUCUGUGAAGAUCAUUCGACUGGUCAAGAAUAAAGAGCCUUUGGGUGCCACCAUAAAGAAGGAUGAACACAGUGGGGCAAUCAUAGUGGCACGCAUCAUGAGGGGCGGGGCAGCAGACAGAAGUGGACUGAUACAUGUCGGAGAUGAGCUGAAAGAGGUCAACGGUAUCCCGGUAGAUGACAAAAAGCCUGAGGAAAUAAUUCGCAUCCUGUCCCAGUCGCAAGGUGCCAUCACAUUCAAAGUGGUCCCAGGCAUCAAAGAGGAGGCACAAAGCAAAGAGCCCAAGAUGUUUGUAAAGGCGCUUUUUGACUACAAUCCAGCUGAGGAUAAGGCGAUCCCUUGCAAGGAGGCAGGCUUGGCAUUCAGGAAGGGAGAUAUCCUGCAGGUUAUGAGCCAGGACGAUGCCACCUGGUGGCAAGCCAAACUGGAGGGUGAUGGCAACCAGCGCGCAGGACUCAUCCCAUCCAAACACUUUCAGGAGAGGAGGUUGGCAACCUGGAGACCCAUGACCGUCACGACUCUUCAGAGAACCCCCAGCAAAAGAUUUUAUGAUGAGACGGUUGAAUUGGUGGAGGACAUUGAACAGGACACUGAGUUUGCCUCCUAUUUAAGUGGACUCCAUAUUGCGGGUCUACGGAGGAGUUUUCGUCUCAGCAGAAGGGAUAAGAAAACAAAUAAGUCCAUGUAUGAAUGUAAGAGAAGUGAGCAGUACGACACAGCUGAUGUGCCCACUUAUGAAGAGGUGACGGCCUACCGCAGAAAACACGGAGACAGGCACAGACUUGUCGUGUUGGUUGGUCCUACUGGUGUUGGUUUGAAUGAGCUCAAAAGGAAGUUGUUGAUAUCCGAUCCACAACAUUUUAGUGUCACCAUCCCACACACAUCUCGAUCGAAAAGACAUCAAGAAAGCGAUGGAGUGGAGUAUCAUUUUAUCUCCAAACACCUUUUUGAGGCAGACAUUCAGAACAACAAUCUAAACCGCGGCAAAGACCCUCAUACUUACGGUUUGACAGAGGUGUUGUCAUUACUGCAAGAGCUGCUGAAUAAGGGACGUUCCCCAUCCACGCUCAAAAUCUAUGUGGCUAUAGCGGCCUCUCAUGCCCCUAGUGAGGGACAAUCGUGCUGCUUUAAUGACUGCGGUUCACCCUGCUCUCUUUAUCUUUCUCCCCUUUUUUCCACAUUCUCUCUCCAUCAGACGCUAAAGCAUCUUCGCACAGCUGAGUUCAAGCCCUAUGUGGCGUUUGUGAAGCCUCCAUCCAUCGAGCGUUUGAGAGAGACCAGGAAGAGCGCAAAAGUCAUCUCAGGCAAAGAUGAUAAGAACUCGUCCAACCCCUUCUCGGAGGAGGACUUCCAGGAGAUGAUCAGUACUGCUCAUAUGAUGGAAAACCAGUACGGUCACCUCUUUGAAAAGGUCAUUGUGAACGAUGACCUCACGAUUGCCUUCAACGAGCUCAAGCAGGCACUCAGAAAAGUGGAGACAGAAGCUCACUGGGUGCCCGUCAGCUGGACUCAUUCCUGAGCAUCAGCACAAAACAGGACAAAAAGAACAAUGGAACAAGGCAUCAAAUUUGGGGGGAAACUAAGGGAAGGACUUUAAGAACUGUGAAAGAUUUUGUUUUAUUGUGUAAUGUUAUUUUUGGUUGUAGAUGGUGACAGGGAAAUAUUUUAGUUGUCUUAACACAUAUGAAGUGGUUUAUCUGUUUUUGGAGACUAAAGUGGAAACAUAUAGGGUUUUUUUUUGUUUUGUCGUGGCGGAUAUAGCUGACCAGGUGUAACUGCACUCAGAAAGUCAGCAAACGCCUGCUUGUUUAGCCGCCGUUGAGAGAGUGUUUCAGACUGCCAAUCAAGUGGUCUGGUGGUGUUGACCACUCCUUAGUGUAUUUUUAACAUUAGUUUAUAGAAACCAAAUGGAUGAUUAUUAUUUUUCUGUGUUCAAAGUACACAUUUUUGUAUUUCAGAACUUGUAGUCCAUUGGCCUGUUACUCUGCAGCUAGUUUAAUCAGCCCAGCAUUAACAAUAUAUAUGGGGGGGGGGCAUCAAGUGAUGUUCAGUGGGCCCAGAGUGAUUUUAUUUAAAUAGAAAAUUAAUAUAUUUUGAUAUUUUUUGGACUUUUACUUUUUUUUUUUAGCCCGUUCCCUAUUGAGAUUUUUAAAUUGAAAUCAGAGCUGUGAGGAUUUAUUUAGCCUUUUUAGUAAGUGCUCAUGGCUGAUCAAAGCCUCAGGGUCCCUGUAGACAGAGCUUUUAUUAAUGUACAGUAUAACCCGAUGUGUGCAGAAGCUGGCUUCUUUCUUUCAGUUCCAUCUAUCUGUUUCUCUCUAUUCUCUUUUCCUUCCAUUUUCAUUUUCCUUUAUUGCCCAGUCCACAAGUACUAGCUGUUGUUGAGGGCAGGCAUUUGGAAAGGACAUAUGAGGGAAUGUACUUAGUCUGAGCUGAUUAGUCAAGAGUCUUGGAAGCCUAACAGCAGCACUUCCACAAUUGGAUCUCAGUGAAAUUGAUGUGAAAUGGUAACCUCGAAUGUUACAAGGCAUUUCAGACAGGAUUAGUUCACCCAAAAAUGAAAAUCCUGUCAUAAUUCGGUUCUAUUGUAUAACUUAGAGGACUUGAAUAUAGAACAUAAGUCAUAUGAACUUCAAUGGUACUUUAUUAUUUUUGGUGCUCAACAGUCCCCUUCCAACUUAACUCGUGUGUAACAAGUACGUAGAAAGAAUGUCAUAUGGAUUUGUAACCACUAGUGAUGCUCUAAAAUUUCAGCAACCCAAGACCGAAACAGG